CGAGGUGGUACCUGGCAUUCAUUGCCCCCGGUGUAUCAGACUGGGGAUGGCGGAUCCUUUCCAGUGUGGUGAUAUUUGGUCAAACAAUGUUGAGUACAAUCUUGCUGAUGAAGUAGAGGCGUGUUUUGUCUAUGGUACGGCACCAGCUAACCCAUGGGCAUCCGCCAUACACGGCCUAGACUCGAGCGACCGUGUUGUUGAAGUGCGUGGUGAAGAAACCAACUUCUACAGAGAUCUUGCUGGCAUGAGUAGAGACAUGAUCCCUCCUUCGACACUGAUGGACAUUGUGGCUAGUUCAAGCAAUCAAGUUAGGGCUGUUGAGCUAGAGAUGGUACCUUAUGUCCAUCCAAGUGCUUUUGGUGCAUCUGGCCUAGCUAGAACGAAUUAUAUGCUCGAGGAUUGCGAUAGGCCUAAAAUAGAUGCGAUAGCUAUGUAUGGCAUCAAUGUGUCGGUUGAUGUGAGUCGAUGCAAUAUAUACCAAUGCAAUAGCCUAUCGCAUCGGCUCCUUGCAGUUGAUGCAACAAGCAGCAAUUGCAUCGGUCAUCUGUUGCCUGUUGCAUCAAAAUUGGGCCAGUGCAAUAGUUUAUUGCAUAGAUAUCAUGUUGAUGCAAUACAUCUAUUGCAACGGCUGACUUGUGGUGCAAUAAACUCUAUCGCAUCAAUAUUUGGUUCGAUGCAAUAUUAACUAUCGCAUCGACAUGUGGUUCGAUGCAAUAUUAAAGAUCGCAUCGACAUGUGGUUCGAUGCAACACAAAGUAUUGCAUCGACAUGUGGUUCGAUGCAAUUGAAACUAUCGCAUCGA